AAACAAUUAUAAUAUAAUGCCUCUUCCUUGUGUGCAUUCGAUUUUCCUCUCCACCACCGUUGCCGGAAAAUUUCCUCACCACCAUGCUCUUCCAUUGCGGAAUUCUGUUGGUAUGAGCGUAAAAGCAUCAAGAAAUACUGAAGAUGUUAUUGUGAGGCAGUCUGCAAAAUACCAUCCUCCUAUUUGGAAUGACCAAUUUAUUCAGUCAUUACAUAAUGAAUUCAGGGGAGAAACAUACGGAGGACGGUUCAACCAAUUGAAAGAACAAGUUAGGACGUUGCUCAAAGAAAGAAAUGACUCUUUGGAGCAACUUGAGCUAAUCGAUACUUUACAAAGACUUGGAAUAUCAUACCACUUUGAGAGCGACAUUAAAGAUAUCUUGAAAAGAAUAUACAACAAGAGCUAUGAAGAUGUGGGGACGAUGAAUAAUCUUUAUGCUACAUCUCUUAUCUUUAGACUUUUGAGACAACAUGGAUUUAAUAUUUCAGAAGAGGUUUUCAAUGUGUUCAAAGACGACACAGGAAAUUUCAAAACAUGCUUUCACAACGAUACAAAUGGGAUGUUGUCUUUAUAUGAAGCUUCCUUCUUAUCAAUCAAAGGUGAAAAUGUUUUAGACGAGGCAAAGCACUUUACAGUCAACUUUCUUAAUGAAUACAUGAAAUCGAGCGAAGAUGAACUUGAAGUAGACAUUGUAAGGCGUGCCUUGAAGAUUCCCAUACAUUGGAGGAUACCAAGAUUAGAGGCAAGGUGGUCUAUUGAUAUGUACGAGAAAAAAGGAAACAUAAAUCCUAUUCUUAUUGAAAUUGCUAAACUAGAUUUCAACAUGCUACAGUCGAUCUACCAACAAGAUCUUAAAUAUGCAUCGAGUUGGUGGACAAGCACGAAGCUGGGAGAAAAGUUGAGUUUUGCAAGAGAUCAGUUGAUGGAAAAUUUCUUUUGGACAAUAGGCAUGGGAUGUGAGCCAAAGCUUGAGUAUUUUAGAAGAAUGGGAACAGAAGUUAUUGCAUUGAUAACAAUAAUAGAUGAUGUUUAUGAUGUGUAUGGUACAUUGGACGAGCUCAAACUCUUUACCAACACUAUAGACAGAUGGGAUAUUGCUUCAAUGAACCAGCUCCCAGAGUAUAUGAAAGAGUGUUUUUUUGCCAUCGACAAUUUGGUAAAUGAGAUAGCUUCCGAAGCACUAACAGACCAUGGAGUUAACGUCAUUCACUACCUUAAGAAAACGUGGGUAGACUUGUGCAAAUCUUAUCUACUAGAGGCAAAUUGGUAUCACAGCGGUUAUAAACCUACAUUACAAGAAUAUAUGAACAAUGCAUGGAUUUCGGUAGCAGGACCAAUUAUGCUACUUCAUUCGUACGUUUUUAUUACACCUCUAAUAGCCAAUGAAGAUCUAGAGAGCUUGAUAGAAUAUGCAGAUAUAAUUCGUUGGUCAUCAACAAUUAUGCGACUUGCAAAUGAUCUAUUGACACCACUGGAUGAACAAAAGGUAGGUGAUGUUCCCAAAUCAGUUCAAUGUUGCAUGAAUGAGAUGGGUGUCUCUGAGAACCGUGCUCGUGAAAGUAUAAGAGAGUUGAUAGAUGAGUUAUGGAAGAAGUUAAAUGAGGUUGAAGAUGAGAAUAUUGCUUUGCCUCCCACGUUCAUCGAGACGACAAAGAAUCUUGCUCGAAUGGCUCAGUUUAUGUAUCAAUAUGGAGAUGGACGCACUAUAGAUCAAAAACAAAACAAAACACCGCUUGGUGUCUCUUCUCGUUGAACCAAUUAUCAAUCUUUAGUAGUACAACAGAUAAUAGUGUCAUUUUAGAUCAGACAUGUGUCUUAAAGAUUGUUUUUAUGAACAGGUUAUUUAUUGAAGGGAUGUUUCAAAACUAAGUUCAGGGUAACUUAGUGGCACCAAAUGUGGUGGCACUAAGGAAGCGGGAUGAUAGCUUCUAAAUUUAGGGAAGCACUAUCUUAGUGGACUAGUAGGUCUAGUUAAUGGUCAUGUACACGCUAUUUAUGUUAUCGUUGUAAGCUUAUAUAAAAGUACAACAUCAUCCAUUUUCAAUCAAUAAAAACUAGUGCAUUAUAGUUUUCUCUUCA